UUUGCACCAGUCAUCGGCAGUACUUGUUCCUGUGUCCGCAGCUUUGGUGGCUUCCGCUCCGCGAUCGGUGGGUACGUUCGUGGGAAUAUUUAAGUUUGUUUCAAACGCUUACUUGCUCCCGGUGUCUUUGUGAAACAGUGCAUACCGUUUAAGUAUUGGUAAGCAGGUGUCCUAUUGACAAUAAAAGGUUGAUGUUUUGCUGAGAAUUAUGUCGGAUACUGAUGCAGGAUUACGAUCGGUCACACGUCAAGUCAGCUGACAUAUUGCGCUCCACUACACCGCAACAGCCUUCGAUCGGUGGGUGAAAUAAAAUGAUUACGUGCUAAAACUCUCAGCAGAGUGCGCGGAGAUUCGCCAGGCGACUUACAACCGACAAUUUCUCGACGGACUCUUUUUUGUUACGAUAUUUAAGCACGAUACGGAUAUACGAAGCGUUUACUUAAAUGCUUGGAACAAACUUCUACUCCAUGUUGUGACUACAUGGUGACACGCGGUCGUAAACGAGCGAUCGGCAAGAAAGCUGUGGCAGAAAACAGUUAGUUAUCCUGUGCCAAGCUGACUAUACCUAUUCACUGUUAAUCAAGACAGUGAUUUCAAAUAUCAUAGAAGAAAAAUCAAUUUUACUGGCACAGAAAUAUUGUAACAACAGCUCAUAAUGGAACGUGAAUCUAAUCCAAUGCAAGCUUUGUGCCGCAGCGGUUGUGGAUUUUAUGGCUCGCCAGCCACUGAUGGACUUUGUUCUCUUUGCUACAAAGAAAAUUUAAAAAAGAAACAACAACCACCAGUAUCAGCUGCAACUGUUCCAACCUCACAGACCGUUUCUGGUAACGCUGGCACGUUGCAAAGCGGUUUUGGCAGUCCUGCUGUUACAGGAACUACAGCCCAACCUACCAUUCCUACUAUACCUCAAUCAACGACAGAUCUACCCAAUCCUAAAGAAGUUAGCAGGGAAGAUCAGGACAGUGAAGUAGGAGUAAGCGUUACAGUAGCUGAAGGUUCAGUGAGUAGUGGUGAUACAGAUGAGUGCUUCGAUGGCAAAGAGACUGAUAAAGAAUCUAAGAAGAAGAAAAAUCGUUGUGCUGUUUGUCGCAAAAAAGUUGGAUUAACUGGAUUUGAGUGUCGUUGCGGAGGACUAUUCUGCUCCGUGCAUCGAUACAGUGAUAAGCACGACUGCAAAUUUGAUUAUAGAGAAAUGGGCGCUCAAGAGAUACGGCGCAAUAAUCCAGUUGUUGUUGGUGAAAAAGUGCAAAAAAUUUGAACUAUUUAGUGUGUAGUCGUUGGGAAAAUGGUUAUAUAACUAUAUAAACAAACAGAAUAUAAAACCCAGAAGAAACAAGAUAAAUUAUCUGGCAGCUGAUUGUGUGUUUAGGAGUGAAAUAUACAUGCAGAAAAGUAUGAAUGACACAGAGUGUAAGAGGUGCAAAAAAAAAUUAAUUUCAGAUAGAAAAUUGAAAGGGGGUAGAGAAAUAGAACAUCAGACAGCAAACGAUUUGUUUGAUUGCCAAUUAGAAUGAGUGUGUGAGUGUGAAUGUUUCAAAAUUGGACAUCAGUGCCAUGUCAGAUUGUCAUCUAGCGAGAGUUCUAACUGAGAAUAUAUCUGGUUACUAACUGCUGCCAGCUUACUAUUACUAUUACCUAUUAUUAUCUUUAUGAUUAUUACAAUUUAUUAUUAUUCUAUAUUAUGUUUAUUAUUAAUUUACUUAAACGCAAAAAUUCGCGGAUAAAGUUUGUUUUUAAGAAGAUCCAGAAUUUUUGGUGCAGUCAGUCAGUCGGCAAACGAUUAAAAUUAUCUCGUUAGCAAUUUCAAUUUAAUCGCAAAUUUUAUAUAUUGCUGUUUUGUUUCUAUAUCAAGAAGGGAAUGUUGCUUAGAUAAUGGCUGAUAUUGAUGGGUGAUCACAAUCUUAGGUUAAUGAUUAGUCUAAUAAUUAUUAAGUAUAUUAGUCUAUUGAUUCAUAAAUAAUGCAAUGAAGUAUAAGUAGUAUUGUGUGUUUAUGUGCAACUUCACGUGAAUAUAACCAGCAUUAUUACUCAUUAAAUAUGUUUCAAUCUAUAAUGCAAAUCAAUUAUUUACACUGUCGCAGCAAUUCUUUUAAAGAAAAACCCUUCUAUGAAGAUAUUUAUUCCUCGUUUUUUCUCCGCGGGUAUUGAAACAUAGAGUAUAAAUAUUUAGCACUACUAAAACCAUUAAUUAGUUUCUUUGUUUUUCUUUUAUUUCAUUUCUUUUUUUUCUCUUUGUGAGUUUUAUAGAGUAGCUGUGCAAGGUAUUCCGGUGCUGCAUUACAGUGCUUGAAAACUGAGUAAUAACAUUUUUCUAGAUGCCAGAUAUUACAUUAAAAGAAAGAAUAGCUGGCAAAAACACGAUCAGCAUUAGAAAAUGUAAAAGAUAUACGAACAUUGUAGAGAAGGCUACUAUCACAUGGUGAUCACUAUGUAUGUUUCUAAAUGACUUUGUUAAAACAUAAUUAAUCUUCGUCUCUACGUUAUCAUCCUAAAAUAUUGUUCUCAUUAUAAGAUUUAUGUUAAAAUGGUGCUACGAGACCGUUCUUUACUGUAUUUUCUUGCGAAGUCAACUGCAAUAUAAUGAAGGAAACUAUUAUGGACUUUGUGUUCAUAAUAUAUUAAUUCCUUAAAAAUAAAUUCAUAUGCAUCUUAAAUCAAUGAAAUUAUGAAUAAUAAUUGCUGGAUUAAAUAAAAAAAGGGAAGUAACUGAUAUUUUUAUGUUAUCUAUAUCAUUUUGGGACAAAGCGUUGUCAAGACUGUGCUGCCAUAUAUAUAUACAUAUAUACGUACUUCUUUAUUAUAUAAUUAGAAUACUCUCAACGAAAGCAUUUUCUGAUUUGUUAUUAAUUCUAAUGAGCUUUAAACAUUGGUAAAUAUUGCAAAGAAAGAGAACAAAUUAUUUUCCACAAAUAUAUAAAUAUACAUAUAAUUUAUUUUCUUCUACAUUAGCAACGAAGAAAUUGUUUGCUUAAUGUUAUCUCAAAGAGAUUCUUGUUAAUAUAACUCUUAUAUAUAAUCAAUAAUUUUUAACAACUUAUAAUUUAAAAUGAGAUCUCUUAUAUAUAUAUGUGUGGCUGUAAUGCAAAAUGACAUAAGUCACGUUAAAAAAAGAAUAAAUAAACUAAUACAUUACAUAAUUUUUUUUUAAUAUAUUCUUUAUGGGGUAAUAUUUCCAUAAUACCUGGUUAAGAUGAAUAAACGAUGUAAAAAAUAAGAAUGUGUAUUAAUGGUAUUAAUUUUAUAAUGGUUUCAUGAUGUGUUGACAUGGGAAAUAAUGAACACCUUAUAAUUUUAUAUUACCUUAUUGUAAAAAAGCUUAAAAUGAAAAUAAAAUUAAUUUUAAAUACUUGUUUUUUUAAAACAUUGUGAUGUAAUAGCUCGAGAAGCAUUACGAAUUAAAUAAAAGUUAAUGCUUAUUAUAAAAAUUAUUUAUUUGAUAUAUAUAUAUAUAUGUGUGUAUACAUAUUAUAUAUAUAUAUAUAUAUAUAUAUAUAUAUAUAUAUAUAUAUAUAUUUCAAUAUAAAUAUUUAUUUAAAGUUUUAUUAUGAGUUGAUAUUUUUAAGUGUAAAAGUAUCGUAUAGAAUACGGACGAGAGUCAUUUUACAUUAUGGCCACAUAGCAAUAAUGUUUUAAAUAAUCAAAUAUGUUUAAAAAUUGAGAGUACAGAAAAUGCAAAUCUUUAAUAUUACUUCCUAUUUAUCAUUAAUUCACAAAAUUUUUUUCAAGUGGAAAAAAUUCAUCAAAACAAAUUGACGUAAACUUAAUUUUUUUUCUCAUUUUUUUGUUUUACAUUGUAAGUAACUAGCGCAGUCAUAUCAAUGUAAAACAAUUCUUUCAAAUGCUUUAUAACAUUUUAGCAUACACUAUACUUAAAAAAUAUAUAGUAUAGUAUAUGUAUAGAAACAUGAUGGCAUAUAUGAAUAAGUUUUAAAUUUUUUGUUUGUUUAAUUAUCUAUUUUUUUCUUUCUUUUUUUUUUCUUUUUUUUACAUAUGAUUUAGGGAAAAUUUCGAAAGAUACUUAACUUUAUACUUUGACUUUCUCUGACUAUAUAGACAAUAUUAAAUUAAUUGUCAGAGCUUAAUCUUUUUUAAUGCACUAUAUUAAAAUAUUAGAUAUGUUGAUGAGAAAAACACAAAUUUGUAUAGAAAAUAACGCACACAUUGCAAAUAUUGUUCUAUGGUUGCCUUCAGGCCUUCAUCCUAUUUUAGGCAUAGCAUAUUUUUCUAAUGUAUAUUGCAAUAUCGGAAUCAUCUUGCCUAGCGAAAGCAACCAAGUUUAAAAAUAUUUAAAAAAAAAAAAGAAGAAAAAGAAAUGAUCAUAGUAGCACGUAUAUUAAACGUGCUAUAUAUAAAUAAAUAAACGAUUUGAUCAUUGAUAAAUAGAUGGGUAAAGGCAAAGUAAUCUAGCCGUGACGAUGAUCGUACUCGACUGGUUGCAUUAAAUCAUAACGAUGCUUGUAAUUAUUACGAUUGAUAUUAGUAUAUUUAAGUAAUUAAACUUCACAUUAACUUAAA